AUGACUUCGCGGUUCAUUAAUGUGACAAUCUCAGGUGGACAAAUGCAUAAAAUGGUCCCGCUGUUCUGUGCCUUUUCAAAAGAAAAAUCACCUAUAUGCGAGUCACUCAAUGUUGGAAAUUACGCUGCUAACAGCCUUACUUACAACGAGAUCAACGAGAAUUGGAGCAAGAGCAUAUCGAUUCCACCUCAUGCUAGUGUUCUUUUGCUGAACAGUAAGUUGGACCCGCUGGCACCACUUAAAUAUGCAGAAUCUUUGCUGGAAGCACUGGAUGGUGACAAGAAAGUGUUUAUCACGUUUGAGGAUGCAGUUGAAGGAACACUUUUGUACCCCUGGGAUAUCCCGGAGGAUGGAUUAUGCGGCAUGAAGCUACAGCUAUCAUACGUAACAAACAACGGUGAUUUGCAGCGUCUUGACAAGUCCUGUGUCCCAGAGAUGCCUGCGUUGAAAAUGGCUUUUUUGCCAUAUUUCUUAGACUAUCUUAUGAGCACGGCUAAUGUCUUUGAUGGAGUUUACAACACAAGCAUUAAUCCAUUCGAAAAGCUCACGGGCUGA